AUGGUAGCGCGUCUGACUCCAGAUCAGAAGGUUGCGUGUUCGAUUCACGUCGGGUUCAAAUCCCCAGAUCCGAUUCCCUUUUGCAGUUUGGAUCUGCCACCUGGAACCAGAUCCAUCGGGCCCACUGUCCAUUUUUGA